CUCCCGCCGGCAUCGGUUGCCCAGGGAAGCUAUGGUAACCCGCACACACCAAUCUUAAAAAAAACCUUUAUUGAAAACCCUCGUAAAAGAUGGCCAUUUAUGAAGUCUUUUCGCACCCCUCGCUAAUCCGGUACAGGACAAGCAUUUUCACUAAAGCAACGCUGUUUUUAUUGAUAGUUUUGGCGCUUACGUACAUAUCCCCACUUUUGGUUGCCUACAGGAGUCACGGGUUUUGGUUAAAGGUAAACACAUACGAAGAGCAGCCAAAUGUUAAGUUCCAGUACCAAGUUUUAAUGAUUGCUGCAACCAGUACAAGUGGUGACUUUGUGGCAUGGAGUACAUUUGAGAAUUUCAAUAAUCUACAAGGGGACCAUCUUCGAGUUCCAUUAGUGACAGCUUUAGAAGAAGACAUAAAUCAAGAUGGGAAGAUGGACCUUCUGAAUUUCCGCCUAGAGCUUCCACUGCAAUCAUCAGAGCAUGUGUACAGUGUACAACUUCUUUUGACCUUUUCAUACCAACUUUUUAGGAUGUCGACAUUCAUUAUGCAGAGCAUGGCAUAUAUCCACUUCUCAUCUCCCAUAUCUGGGGCUCAGCUUUCUGUGAUUGGUGACUUAAAGCUAUAUCAACGAGAGCCACUUAAACACAGAGGACUUGACACACGCUACAAUCUUUCAGUAGUUAAUGAUGACAGCCCAUUUGCAAGUUCCUUUGACUUGGCAGAUAUCACUGCAUCAUAUCAAGAUAGAAAUGUAACAACUAUUCUUGCCAAUCAGUAUGCUGUGUGGACUCCAGUGAGAGCUGCUAAUGUACCAUUUAUUAUUAAGGCAGUUGUGAAAUAUCCAGUGGAAAUUAUCACAUAUCGACCUGGUUUCUGGGAAUUGAUUAAGACUGCGUGGAUCCAGUAUGUCAGUAUUCUUCUUCUCUUCUUGUGGGUCUUUGAAAAGAUCAAGAUAUUUGUCUUUGAAAAUAAAGUAUUAACUACAAUAAUGAUACUACCAUUUAAGCAGCACCAGUCAUAAUCAAUUAAAAAGGACAGCUGGUAAGGAGUUCUGAAACCAUAAGAAGUAGUCAACAACAAUACUAUUACGUCUUGCCACCUGACGAGCGUAAAUUCAAACUUAUUACUUGCAUACCAGUGUGAACUGAAGAUUAAUUAAUCUUGCAAUCUGCAUCAAACAUUUGGUGCUAAUAUUCCACAGGAGGCUUCUUCCCCUUUCUUUCAUCUUGUAUUAUCAACAUACUGUCGUAUAGAAUAGUUCUCUAUCUUUUUAUUAAUUGCAUUGAUGUUUGAAAAUUGUUAACAUCCUACACAGAGCAAUGAUGGCAAACAACACUGACAAAUAAUUGUUUUUGCACUGCUAUGGUUCCACUUAUCACAGCAAUAAUGGUUCAUAAUUAUGAUACCUUUUUGUAUAUAAGUUACACGAUUGGAGAGUAAUUCCACAUUUCAUUAUCGGUAUUGAUUAGAUUACAAAAAAAUGCACGGAGCAGAAGAUUGAUGAUACUUUGUAUAAUACUUUAACUGAACGAUGUAUUUUUUUUUAGGUAUAUGUUGAUUUUAUGCUGUGGCUUUUAAGGCAGAAAUACACAGAAAUAUCGCAGGAAGGUAGAGAAUAUAGAACAACAGGGCCAGGUACUGGGAUAAGAGUUGAAAAUUUUUGGAAUUCUGUACCAUCAAGGGGUACAUAACUCCAAAAUUUUUAUCAAGAAUUCCAUUGAGAAGUUGAUGCUCAGUAACUGAGCAUGUGAACAGAUUCAGGGAGGUUCUACUGCAGUUGUACAAGGCCUUGGUGAGACCGCACCUAGAAUAUUGUGUGCAGUUUUGGUCCCCUAAUCUGAGGAAAGACAUUCUUGCCAUAGAGGGAGUACAGAGAAGGUUCACAAGAUUGAUUCCUGGGAUGGCAGGACUCUCAUAUGAAGAAAGACUGGAUCGACUGGGCUUAUACUCGCUAGUAUUUAGAAGAUUGAGGGGGGAUCUUAUUGAAACGUAUAAAAUUCUAAAGGGAUUGGACAGGCUAGAUGCAGGAAGAUUGUUUCCGACGUUGGGUAAGUCCAGAGCGAGGGGUCACAGUUUAAGGAUAAAGGGGAGGCCUUUUAGGACCGAGAUGAGGAAAAACUUCUUCACACAGAGAGUGGUGAAUCAGUGGAAUUCUCUGCCACAGGAAACAGUUGAGGCCGGUUCAUUGGUGAUAUUUAAGAGGAGGUUAGAUAUGGCCCUUGUGGCUAAAGGGAUCGGGGGUAUGGAGAGAAGGCAGGUACAGGGUUCUGAGUUGGAUGAUCAGCCAUGACCAUACUGAAUGGUGGUGCAGGCUCAAAGGGCCGAAUGGCCUACUCCUGCACCUAUUUUCUAUGUUUCUAUUCUGAACACAAGGGAUAAUAAAACCCUGGAUAACUGGGUGGAAAAGUGGAUAUGAGCUAAAGAAACAGCCAAUGCUUAAUUCAAUAGCAAGGUAAUGGGCCAUUCAGUCUGUUUUUCUCUUUCAUAAGUUCUUGUGUCUCUGGAAAUGCUAGAGAAGGAUUUCCUGUUUUAUAGAGUCAUUUAAGUCCCUGCAUAUUGAUUUAUUUUCAGAGUUUUGCAAAAUUGAGAUGUGAGCUAACUCUUCCCUGUGGUUCCAUUUUAUUAGUUACAACUGUGUUUGAUGUUUUAAAUAACUAAACAAUUUGGGCUUAAAGUCAAGGAAUCCUAGAAUGGAAUUUGGCAAUAUGUCCUCUUGUUUAUUGAAAUUGAAAUGAGAGAUUGAGCAUUGUUUGAAGUGAUAUAGCAGGGAUAGGAAUUUUGACCAAGCUAGAAGACUGGCCUUCAUAGCCUACUGACAUUCUUCACUUGUGUUUGGUGAUCAUCUUGAAGGAAAUAAAAGAAAUAUCACUCAGCCUUGUGUCAAAAUUAUUUCAAUUUUGUAGACAACAAAUGCAAUAAAAGUACAAAUGGAUGUCUGUCAAAGUCACAUUGAUUAUACUACAACUGAUCUCAGCACCUCAGCACACAGUGACAUUUGAUUGAAACAACUGUGAAAAUGAAGAACUAACUGAUGGCUUCUUGCUCAGCUGUGGCUCUGUAACUUGUCUAAUUGAUUUGGUUUACAGAUGAUGAAAAAAUAGAUGAGUGUUGCACAUUUACAGUUUCUGCACAGUAAUGGGAAAAGCUACAGAAAUAUUUAUUAGAUACAAUAUUUCCUAUCAAUGUUGAUGAGCUUUGCUCUCAGUCUGCAUUGAUAUAUGUUUUGUUAAUUUUCAAGGAUUUAAUUUUCUCUCAUUUGCCACUGACAAUUUAGAAUUGCUUUCAAUAAUGACACCAUAUAAAAAGUAUCCAUUUAAAAGUCUUAGUUGUAUUAUAAUUCUCCAACAUAAACAAUGUAGAACUUUCUGACUUCCUAUCAUCUCUCUCCAAUCCUCAUUUUUACUUCCUUGAUUACAAUAAUGGUUUAAGUUCAUAUGAACAUAAUUUCUGAUUUUAACUUAUAAUUUUUAAAUACUCAUUUACAAAUUAAAAUGUAAUCCAUUUGGGAUUCACUUUACCAGAUAUCAUCCUUUAAGUACAAUGAAUUAACUGAUAGUCCUAUCCACAAAACUUAUUUUUGUUUUUCUUCCAUUUUUAUUGGUUCAUAAUGGUAUCCCCAAACCAAUUUCCCUUAAUCGUCACCUUGAAAAAUAUAGUGAAAUAUAAAAUUAAACUGUUGUUUACCUCUGGCUGAAAAUUAAUGAUGGUGCAAUCAUUGCAGCCUGGGUAUUACCCCACACUUGUGGGACCUUAGGAGGUGCAACUGGAGAAAAGAGUUAACAAAUGUAAUUUUUAUUUAAUUUGCCACCAGUUUAUGAAUAUGUUUGGAUCUGUAGUGCUAUAACUGGAAAAAAUACAAAAAAUAUAAACCUUUGCAACAUUAAUCUUCAUUGUUCAAAAACCAAAGGAAAAUACUGAUCAAGGUACACAAUUCUGUCAGUGUGCUUCAAUGUGUAAAAAUGUACUGCUGGCCAAAAUGACAGUGGAUUGGACUGCUGAGUAUGCCUAGCAAAUAAUUGAGGGAAAAUGCUAUAUUUGUGUAGUAUUUAUGAAGAAUACAAACAAUAGCAAAACUAGCUAAAAUUUAUGCUUUUAUACAUUAAUUUUUGUUCUGUAUAAGAAUACAUUUUUAGGAUUUUCAGGUUGGUAUAUGUUAAUGCGUAAAAGCACAAUUGAGGGUUUAAAUAGUGAUGCAAAUCACUGAAAUUUUGCUUUCAUAUUAUAGGAAAUUGCAUG